AUGCCUCCUUCACCCAUCGUUGCGGUCUUAGGCAUUACAUCGUUGCUGGCGACAUUGCUUUUUUAUGUUGCCAGCUCAGAUAUCGCUCAACGGCUAUCGCCACAAGGAUGUCGAAUGUCGUGGAUGUCCCCUUCCUACGUACUCCAGAACAAGUUUGACACGGCAUGGACUCCUCUGGCGCGGAGAUAUUCGCUGUGGCUAUAUCGUGAAGUGGGUUGGGAUCCUGAGCAGGUAGACCAUCUAGCAAAUAGCCUGCCUGUCCUCUUCAUUCCAGGAAAUGCGGGCUCGUCUCACCAAGUUCGCUCAAUUGCAUCUUCUGCAACGCGUCAGUUAUGGCUUUCGCCUUACACCGUCGACGCGACUUUCAAGUCGCGUCCGCUGAAACCGCUUGAUUUCUUUGCUGUUGAAUUCAAUGAGGAUCUCUCUGCCUUCCAUGGACCAACUCUUGAAUCACAGAUUGCAUACACCACCAGUGCCGUGAGGUAUAUCCUUUCGUUGUAUCCGCCGAAUACGACUAUAAUCAUAAUGGGGCAUUCUAUGGGUGGAAUCGUUGCAACAUCUCUCCUUCCCUCCCCGGAUAUCUCAGCCAUCAUCACGAUGUCAACACCUCACACCCUUCCUCCUGCUCGAUUUGAUUCUCGCAUGGAUAGAAUUUACGAGAAGCUGCAAGGCAUUCUCGCCAACGACCCGACUCCGAUUUUGUCCCUGUGUGGCGGAGCUACGGAUAUGAUGAUCCCAUCUGAAGCAUGCAUCCUUCCCUCACACAAUUCCAGUACUUUCCGAAGCACUAUUUUUACAUCUGCCUUGGCAGGAGCUUGGACUGGAGUUGGUCAUCGUGAGAUGGUUUGGUGUCACCAGGUCCGUUGGCGAGUUGCCCGGGCUGCGCUGGAACUUGGGGGGUCAGAUAAUGCGGUAGGAAGAGCUGCUAUUUUUGCCAAGUGGCUCGACGAUGGCCGUUUUGUUCCCUCGAUUCCCACCCAACGGCUAAAGUUGGACGCCGAAGAUUCUGCCAACAAAGAAACGCUUCCUCUCGGCAAAAGGUUGGUGUUGAGAAACCCUCAUCGUACAAAGACGUACCUUCUUCCUACUCCCCAAGGCAAACAGCAUACCUUGACGGUCUUCGUUUCACAAGGCUCUAUGUAUGGUGUAUCUCCUCAAAACCCGCUACCUCUUCAAGUUUCUAUUUUCACCUGCGUGUCUCGCUCAGCGGAUUUGGAUUGUACAACUUUGAGACCCACUACCUUGAAGCUCAUUCCGAACCCUAUUCCUGGAAGGACCUUCCCUGCUCCUGACGAAGGAUCAGAUGAGUCUGAAGGUGUGGCCCUCUACGAAGUCGGUCUCUCUCCAUCCGAGGAUUCCAGUUCUUCACGCUGGAUUAGUGUCCUAGUAGAAAAUGGGGAUGGGAACGGAUGGGUUAUCGCAGGUCUCGACAAGGGAAUAACACUUUCUAACCCAGUUGGAUUGUCAAGCCUACUAUUCGGGGUUGAAACGCUGACCUUUCCCGUGAAUGAAGCGCUGCGAACCUCCGUUACGUUUCCGAAUCUUCUAUCGAAUGCUCUUGUGGCAUACCGAAUUACCCCUCUUUGGUCAAAUCGCUCGGAAUGCUUGGAUUCGCUCUUCCCACCUCUCAUUAUACAUACUUCAAAUCCUACAGAAACUCAUUAUUUUACCCUGGCGAACCAGCGAGAUCCAAGAGUAACACUCCACACUCAUUUACCUGCUCCUUACAUCACGCCACCCCAAUUUCUCGCUCGUGGCGUCAACUUCACAGUAUAUUCGUCCGGCGAUUCGGUAUGCAAUGAAGAUUUCAAAGGGAUAACCAUUUCGGUUGACUGGUCUGCGACGUUGGGACGCUGGGGAUCUCGAUAUAUGACUACCCUGGUCUCGUGGGCUGUCGGUGUUGCUGCCUUGGUGGUGUUUUUCGCUUGGGGGGUAGGCGACUCAGGAUUACCAAUACCAAAUGUCUCUCAGUCUCUAACGGAUUACGGGGGUUCGAUGCUUCGUCUGCUGCUCUUGCCUUCUUUUCUGUUUUCUUUUGUUCCGCUUCCUGAGUCGUUUUAUCUGGGAAACAAGGGAGAAGCUGCUUUCUCACCUCUAGCGCCCUUGGUCUUGGUUAUCGCGAGUGGCCUUGUAUGCGUAAGUUGGUGGAUCUUGUCGUUUCUGGUCUUCGUUGUCAGCAAGUUUGGUAGCUAUUUUCCCGACAGAGGCGGAGCGUAUGCUAGCGUGCGCAGGAGCACGCUGGUGUCAAUGCUUCUUAUCUUCCUUUUAAUAUUCCUCUUCGUCCCUUGGCAAGUCGCGUUUCUUGGUAGUUGGAUUCUUCAUCUACACACCUGCGCAUCGUCGGCUGCAACGAUAAAAUCACUACCGGAUUCAUCGGCUGCAAUUCCUUUCAUUCGCCGGUCUGACGAUCGACCCCAGCAGAAUGAAGAGCACACUGGAGAGAAUCGAAGCCAACGGCUCCCUCUGGACGAACAAAAAAAUAUGCACCAUCACAACAUGCUUAUUUUGUUGCUUAUGACAUGGCUGCUGCCCCUUGCUGCCCCAGCACUGGCAGUGUGGGUGCGAACCUUGGCUACGGCUGGUUUAACGACGCCGUUCGAUGGCGACCAUAACUUUCUUAAUGCAGCGCCAUUCCUAGUCAUGGUAGACUUCGCCUCAUGGACUCGAGGCCCACUAUUCCAAAGGCAAAGAUUCGAGGACCAUAUAUCUGUGCGGUGGUCAUUCGCGGCAAUUUCUGCUGUGGCAUUUUCGAUUGGAUCUCGACAGCCUUAUAGUGUCUUUGAUGCCUCCAGAAUUGCCAUUGGCCUCGUAGUCGCUGUUAGAAUUGGAAAACGUUAUUGGGGGGGCGCCUCCUGGAAUGCAGCAAGUUACCAAAUGCCAAGACUCAGAUGAUCAUUCCGUGGUUGAUCACGAUCAUGUUCGCGGAGUUUUGAUCGCACAGCAUGCGAGAUCUAGGCCAUCAAGAGUGGAACACACCAUUACACUACACUCUACCACACUACCACUAAGUACUACAUAAAAUUCAGUCAAGAUUUACGCAUUCAA